ACAAAGUGCGUCCCGCUGCUGCUGCCGCUGCUCGCAGGAGGAGGAGAAGGAGGAGGAGAAGCUGGAGAGAGCGAGGGAGCAGCCGGAUGAGAGCGGAGAGAAAGUGAGGCGCUCGGAGCGCGUUCUGGAGACACUUUUGUUGGAGACGCUGCUGCUGCUUCUUUGUGCUGCAGAGCUGCAGCUUCUCCCUCUCGGACUGGAAGGCCUCCAAGAUAGAGUCCCUCAGGAGUAAGGUGGACCUGCUGCGCCUCCCCCUGACCCUCUCCUCCAUCGGCAACUGCAAGAGCCAGCUGGGCGUGGUCUGGGAGAAAGGGGGCGGCUCGGGGACGGGAGUGGCCCGGAAGCUCCGCCCACCGCCGGCCUCGGACAUGGACAAUGAGUCGACGUACUCAGGCUACUCCUACAAGUCGUCCCACUCUCGAAGUUCCCGUAAGCACAGAGAGCGGCGGGACCGGCACCGCUCGAAGAGCCGGGACAUCAGCAUCCGAGCAGACAAGUCAGUGAUCAUCCAGGCCCCGGGCGAGCCGCUGCUGGACACCGAGUCCACUCGAGGAGACGAGAGGGAUGACAACUGGGGCGAGACCACCACGGUGGUCACCGGCACGUCGGUGGACAGCAUCUCCAACGAGGACCUGACGGGGAUCACCAAGGACCUCGAGGACUCUUCGCCACCGGAGUGCCGGCGUUACGUGGGCCCGGCUUUGGGCGCCGUCCUGGGACUCUUUUCCCUGAUCACUCCACUGGCCUUCCUGGCUCUACCUCAGCUCCUGUGGCGGGACUCGCUGGACCCUUGCGGCACGCCGUGCGAGGGCCUUUACAUCUCCCUGGCCUUCAAGCUCCUCAUCCUCCUCAUCUCCACCUGGGCGCUGUUCCUCCGCCCCCAAAGGGCCACGCUGCCGCGCUUUUUCGUCUUUCGCUGCCUGCUGCUGGCGCUGGUCUUCCUGUUCGUGGCGUCUUACUGGCUCUUCUACGGCGUCCGGGUCCUGGAGCCCAGAGAGAAGGACUACCGGGGGAUUGUGGGAUACGCGGCGUCGUUGGUGGACGCGCUGCUGUUCAUCCAGUACCUGGCCCUAGUGCUGCUGGAGGUGCGGCACCUGCAGCCGGCGUACUGCCUGAAGGUGGUGAGGACCACGGAUGGAGUCAGCCGCUUUUACAACGUGGGACAUCUGAGCAUUCAGAGAGCAGCCGUCUGGGUUCUGGACCAGUACUACAGCGACUUCCCCGUCUACAACCCGGCCCUGCUCAACCUGCCCAAGUCCAUCCUCACCAAGAAGCUGUCCGCCUUCAAAGUCUACAGCCUGGGGGAAGAGAACGGCACCAAUAACUCCACCGGCCAAUCCAGAGCCAUGAUCGCGGCGGCCGCUCGCAGGAGAGACAACUCCCACAACGAGUACUACUACGAGGAGGCCGAGGUGGAGCGGAGGGUCCGCAAACGCAGGGCCAGGCUGGUGGUGGCAGUGGAGGAAGCCUUCACACACAUCAAGCGUCACCAGGACGACGAGACCGCCGGCGGCGGCGCCGCCUCCUCCCCCAAACACCCCCGGGAGGUGAUGGACCCCCGCGAGGCGGCUCAGGCCAUCUUCGCGCCGAUGGCCCGGGCCAUGCAGAAGUACCUGCGCGCCACCCGGCAGCAGUCCUACCACACCAUGGAGAGCAUCAUCAACCACCUGCAGUUCUGCGUCACGCACAACAUGACGCCCAAGGCUUUCCUGGAGCGCUACCUCGGCCCGGGCCCCACCCUGCAGUACCUGGACGGCGGCCGGGGCCGGCAGUGGACUCUGGUGAGCGAGGAGCCGGUGACCGCCGCUCUGCGCCGGGGCCAGGUCUUCAGCCUGAGGCGGCUGGAUUUCUCCCUGGUCGUAACGGUGACGCCCCUGCCCUUCCUGCGCCUGGGCGAGGAGUUCAUCGACCCCAAAAGCCACAAGUUUGUGAUGAAGCUGCAGUCUGAGACGUCGGUGUAGAGGAGAGGAACCCGGAGAACCUCAGAAACUGAUCUUUCAGGGUGUCUUUAUAUACUUUUUUGGAUUCAAAUAGAUUUUUUUAAGCAAAUGUUUAUUGUUAGUUGACGCAUUGGGGGAGACAUUUGCUAAUAUGACAGAAAAUGGAGGAAGAAAGACAUUUUUUUUAGGUUUUUUUGCCUCAAACUGCUGACCGUGAGUCAGUAUCAUGCGUUACUUCACUUGUGAUUGUGGGAGAUACAGAUGUUGAGCAACAGCUCCACCCAAACUCCAAAAAUACUCUGACUUUAAAUGUUUUUCCAUCUAGAUGAAAUGAACUGUUUCUGUGUAAAUCCUGGAUUUUACACAAAGAAGACAUUUUCAUGAGUCCAUAUGAGAGGUUUGAAGCGAUCUGCUGAUUGGACCUUUUAAAGACGAGUCAUACUGAGAAAAAAAAAGAAUUUUAUCUACAUUUCACAGAAAGAUGAAAAUAGCUACGUACUUCCUUCCAACACUAGAUUGAAGGAAACUGAUACAGCUGAGCCGCUCAGACCUCUGGUAUUUUUAUUACUUUGUUCUUUUGUCGAUAUUUCUCAUUUGAGAAACAAUUCAACAAGAGAAAAUAUGUUUUUUUAAGUUUUAUGUUCCUUCACUGAGGGCCAGCACUACAAUGUGAGUUCUGAUACACUGAAGGAUGAGCACAGUCCAGCCUAAUGCGGCUGAUCUGUUGUUGAUGUAAUGUGCAUUUUUAAAAAGAAUUAGCAGUAAAUAUGUGUGUUUUUGAGUGUGACUGGCUGAAGGGGAGCGAACCGCCGACUGAGGAACUGUCCACAGGGCUGGAGAUGGUCUUAAAUGACCCUGAACAUCCAAUAAUUGAAAGCAAACCUUGAGUUUUCACGGGUAAAACUCAUGACGGCAGCUCAUUUCAUUUCCAACCCUGCGUUGCUUUACAGCCUCAGGUUUUCUCUGACAGCGUCUCCUGUAUUUCAGUAGGAUUGUAUCAAAACAGAACAUCUCACAUGUUAAAAUAAUUUGACAUUCAGAGACACUAAACGUAUCAACGCUAACUGACUAAUGUUAAAGAUCCAGUUAAUUUGAAUUAUAAUUAAUUUGAAUAUUGAUCCACCUGAUCUGAGUUGUUGCACAUAGUGUCGCACCUUUUUUUGUGAGAUUUUCUUGAUUUAUUAACACCUUGUUGGUCUUGGCUGACUUGUUUUUGAACACCUGCUGAUUUCAUGUUGCCCUGUUUCAGUACGUUUGUCCGUUAUUACACCACAGGUUGUCACACUAUAAAACUGUUUCUGUGGUCAGAGGUUUUUUUUGAGAUUGUAAUCUCUGCUCCCCUAGAAUUUGUCUUUUUAACAGACGGGUUUUUGGGUCAUUUUAAGCUAACUAAGCUUCCUAACACUGUUUGAAUGUUUGAAGGACUGUUACACUGUUGU